CAUGUUAAAUUUCGUCUUGCAGGAUGUCUCAAACAACACGGAGCAAAACACAACAACGCCUGAGGACUGGACUGUUGUGUACUUUGCAGUCAGAUGGAUCCAGUUGAUUAUGGCAGUGCUAAGCAUUGUCGGUUCAGGUUCCAUAAUUGUUUAUGCAACUUUCCAACACCUCAUAAGGACACCUGAGAUGCAGCCAUUGUUCUUACUGAGUGUGACAGACUUGCUGCUGGCAGUCAGCUGGCUGAUAGGAGCAGUACUGUUCACCCAGGACUGUGAUAGCCAUGCCACCUGCUACAACCUACACAUCGUUGAACAGAUACUGUAUAUGACCUCGUUCUUCUACACAUUGAACUACGUAUGGACCCUCUACUCUGGGCUAAAUAUCAAAUUCUACAGGAGCCUUAAUGGAUACCCAGCCCAAUGCGUCACCAAACUGAGCACUUUCAGCAAGAUUGCUGCAGUCCUGUCAUGUGUCCACCCCGUGCUGCUGAUGCUGCCAGUGUUUGUAACAGGAAACAUGGACCACUGUUACACAAACUUCAGCCAGCCUUACAAGUGCCUUCUAAUGCACACAGAGGCACUCUUCAUGUCUACUGACUUCAACCAGAUGGAGGUGGACUCAGCUUGCCACCUGGUACACAUGUACAGUAUUGCUGUCUUCCUGGCAGCCUUCCUCCUCACCUUUGUUGGCAUUGUGGUGCUCAUGGGAAAAGCCCGCACUGUUUACAGACGUUGUGUGACCUCUAGUGGUUUCCUAGGCGACAGGCAGUGGGCGUCUCUUCGUGUUCUGGACCGACACAUGCUCCUCUACCCCUCUGUCUUCCUCUUCUGUUGGGGCCCAGCCGUCUUCCUGGCAGCCAUGAUUCUGUACAACCUGAAGUCAGUGGAGGGAGUUGUGGGCGUCGUUCUGUACAUCUUACAGGCCUUCACCUCAUCCUCUCAAGGCCUUCUGAACUGUGUGGUGUACGGCUGGACACAGAGACACUUCCGCUCAGCUAGCAAAGAUGCUCUAAGGGACAUGGACACCCAGACGCCACUUCUGAGAUCUCAGAAGAAAGGCUAUAAAACUCUAUGGUCAACACCAUCCCCCGAAGCAGAUGAUAUAGGAGGACCUGGUAUUCUACCGACCCCACAUUAACUUAUUAAGGCAGUUGUGAAACUGGCGAAAGAAACUAAACAAAACCUUUUGUGCCAGACUGGGAGAGUGACCGUUUGGUUUAUAAUCUUGGGGACAGUACCUUGGGAAGCACCUGGUAUACCAAUGAAGCAAGAAUAUCCAAAGCAGGGUCGAACCAGACAGAGGCUGAACCGCUGAGGCGUGAAAAAAAGGAAGAACCAGGGAAUUUACAACGAGAGGAAGAGCAGCUCUGAAACAGGAUCUGAGAGCUCUGCUUUCAUCGUAAUCAGAGUCACUCCCUACUUCACUUGUUUUGACUGCAUCGGUCGUGCAAACAUUGUCUCUACGUUAGUGUUUAGAUUUUCCCACAGUAGUUGGGGACAGCCGAGGAUAUUUGUGAAAGGCUUUGUAACAGACUGGCAUGUCUUUGAUUUAGAGAGGCCCUGAUUGAGCCCAACCGUGUGGAAGACAGUGAGCAGCCUGUUACUUUUCAUCAUGAUGGAACAAAGGAACUCCAUUCACAGAGAUGCUGCUUGACGUACCAGUUUGGCCCAUGGUGUUGUGUAAUGGUCGUAGAUACGCAAGUGUGUGCAAUAUUUAGUUUUCGCCCUGCAUGGGCUUGUUCACAGAAAUGUUACAGUAAGUUUAUGCUCUCUCCUUGAGUUCAAUUCAACAAACUUGAUUUAUUGCCCUGCAUAAAAUGUGACAGGCAUGACAACGGGAUAAAUACAGUACCACAACAUACACAUUUAAUUUUUCAGAGAUGUAAAUUAAACUGAAUUUAAAGAAUGUGCAUUUUCAGUCUGUCAAUUCAUUGGACU